AUGGCUGAGGGGAAGCUAAGAAUUGGUUCUCGUGUUGAAGUUACAGGAAAGGAUGUUGUUGGUACAGUAGCAUAUAUUGGAACAACACAGUUUUCACCUGGAAAAUGGGUAGGAGUAAUGCUAGAUGAACCGAAAGGGAAAAACAAUGGUACGGUUCAAGGGAAACGCUAUUUUACUUGCGAAGAAAAUCAUGGCAUCUUUGUGCGACCGUCUCAGCUUACUCUUUUAGAUGCUCAAGAUGGAUCAAGUAUAACGGAUGUGUCUACUUCAAGUGUCCUUUCCGAAUCAGGCACAAUCUCAGAAUCAAGUUCAUCUAGGUUGUCUGUAGGAGAAACUCCUAAACGUACAGGUUCUUCAACUUCUUUGUCUGGCAGUGUAAAAUCUGAAGUGACAAAAGGUCCAUCUGAAGCCAAAAAGAUAUCACAACUUCCAUCAACUGGAUCUAAUCCAGAUCUGGUACAAAGUAAUGUGGUUGAAACUUCAAAAACUCAAAGUCCUGUUACAAAAUCUUCUGAAAGUAAAUCGAUCAAAGAAUCCAUACAACCGAAUGAUGAUUCAUCGUUGAAAUCUUCUAUUUCAUCAACUGUGAAAACAAGUGAUUCAAAAUUGCCACCACCACCAACAACAACUACGACUACUACUACGGCUACUGUUAGUAGUAGUAAAAUACCUGCUGAAGUUUCACCUAUUACAUCAGAGAUUGAAAAAUCGAAAGACAAUGUUCAGAAAUUAAUAAGACCUUCUAUUGUAUCUAGUGUUGUUAGUCCAUCCGCUGUUGGAGCAGCAGCUGGAGCAAGUGACGUUGUCGGUACUCAUUCACCAGACACUGAAUUAGAAUUAACUAAUCUACGCGCUGAAAUUAAAACGCUACAUGAUCAAAUUGAAGCGCUGAAAAUGAAACGUGAAGAAGAUAAAACAAGAAUACAAGAAUUAGAACGUAUCAAAAUUCAAUUUACUCAACUGGAAGAAAAUCGACGUUUAAUGCGAGAACAAGCAGCGGAAUUACAACGUGAAAUUGCUCAAUUAAAAACAGAAAAAGCUGAAAUUAAAGAAGCAUUUGAUCGUUAUCGUGAUGAAGUAGCUGAAAUGGUUGAAAGUGUUGAAAUGGCUACAUUAGAUAAAGAAAUGGCUGAAGAGAAAUUAGAAACGUUAACUACAGAAAUUGAAUUAUUAAAAGAACAAUUAGAAGAAUUGACACUUGAAAAUCAAAUUUUAAAAGAAGAAUCUGAAGAAAAAGGCGGAGCAACCAAUUUAUCUAGUGCAGACGGUGCACCGACUCCAUUACAAUUGAAAAAUCUUGAACAACAAAAUGAACGCAUGAAACAAGCAUUAGUUAAAUUAAGAGAUUUAACUAAUCAAGAUAAACAAGAAAUAACUGCUUUAACUAAACAAAUUUCAUCAUUGGAAUCGGAAAUAAGUCAACUUCAAACAGAGAAAGAACGUUUAACUAAAGAUUUAAAAGAAAGUAUUGAACAAACUAUCGAGUUGAAAGAACAAGUCGAUGCUUCACUUGGUGCUGAUAUUAUGGUUAGCCAAUUGACACAACGUAAUUUAGAAUUGGAAGAAAUGCUUGAAAAAGUUAAAGAGGAAAGAAAUGAUUUGGAAACACUUUGUGAAAUGAAUGAUGAAUUACAAGAGAAUAGUCGUGAAACGGAAUUAGAACUACGUGAAGAAAUUGAACGAGCUAAUACACAAAUUAAUCAACUUGUACGUCAUUUAGAUGCAACACGUGAAACAAUCACUGAUUAUGAACAAACAUUAGGUAAAUUUCGUGACUUGGUCACUGAUUUACAAACACAAAAUUCUGAUCUUCAACGAUCUCUGGCAGAUGGUAAACGUUUACAUGAACAACAACAGCAACAGCAACAAAUUGAACAACAAUUACAUUCAACAAUGUUGUCAACAGAUUUUCCUAAUUUUAUGACCAGUAAAUUUGGUGCUACUUCUCAAGCACAAACAUUUGCUAAAGUGAUUGAAGCUGAAUUAAGACGUUUAGAAGCGGAACAAAGCGCAAAUCAUGUAGCUCGUUUAUCUGCUUUUCUUCCUGAUUCAUUUUUACGACGUGGCGGUGAUAAUGAAGCACUGUUAGCGCUUCUAUUCAUCGAUCGUCUCACUGGAAAAUGUGAUCUAUUAGCUAAUCAUCUUGUUGAACGUUAUCCUUUGCCACCAUGUGUACCUGGUCAAACAUUAAUGCAAUUCUCGCAAGUUGAUAAUCAGAAUGUUGUGGAUAGUUCAGCGCCAGCGGUUGCAGGAAUUUGUAUUCCAGGCACUGAUAAUCCAUUACCACCAUUAACUAAGAGUAAAGCAGAAUUUUACAGUUUUCUAACAAGAUUAAUUCAUUUACUUCGAUCAAUGGGUUCAUUAUUAAAUCAAUACAAACAAAUCUUUUCUGCAUGCAAUGUUGAAUUGUAUUUAAAAUUCGGUUCAUUAUACAAUGAAAUGUGUAUACAUGAACAUUGUAUUGAUCGAUUGAUUGAACAAACUAAAAAUGAUCAAUUAGAUGAAACAAUCUCAUUAGAUUCUUUAAUGAAAUCAUUAGAUUAUUUUAUUCAAUUAUAUAAUGUACAUUUAAAAAAUGAACCAAUUUAUCAUUGUAAUGUAAAAUUAUUAGAUUUUACACGUACAAUUUUAUCGGCUGUGGAUGCAUUAUCAGUUGAUUCGAUGGCUUUAAUGAUAUUGACUGGGAGAAAUGUUGAUUGUUUAAUACAAAUUGCUAAAACUGCUGCUUCCAAUGUUACUGGUCCAUUAAGUAUGAGUAGUAUGGAUGAGAUUAGUUCAUCAUUAUUACUCUUGUCAACAUCGUCAUCUUCAUCCUCAUCAUCAACUAAUGAAAAUAGUAAUAAAGAAGGAUUAAUUAUUCUUUUAAAUGAAUUAAUUCAUUUUGCUACAACUGUACGUGUUAUAACACGUCGAAUAAAACGUCGUAUUCCAACAACAAAAUCAACUAGUCAACAAUCACAGCAGCAACAAUCACAACACCAACAACAACAACAACCUUUAUCAUUUAAUCAUGAAGUGGCACAGAAAUUAGAUUUAGUUAUGCAAUUAUUUAAUUCCAUUGUUGGUACAAUGUAUACGACAACACGUUUAGCUGGUCAAUUGACAGUUCGUCAAGUGGAAGAUUCAUCCAAUCUGGAACCAAAUGUUGUAUUUACUCAAUGUUUAAUAGAAGCAUGUAAAGAAUACUUGACAUCAAUUGAUCUUCGUACUAGUACUACGACUACUACUACUACUUCACGUCCUAGUGUUAUUUCGCCGGAAAUAUUAAUUCGUACGAAUUUAACUCAAAUUGCACGUAUUAUAAGUCAACUAGUAGUAGCAAUGGAAAAUGGUGAAUAUGAUUUUGAUGGAACUAAACAACCAUUGCCUCAAGAACCAGUUGUUACACGUGCUAUCGCUUAUAAACGUGCACAAACUGAGCUAGAAGGAUGUCGUGCUAAAUUAGAUAGUCGUGGUGAAGAAAUACGUGAAUUACAAAAAGCAUUGAAAGCACGUGCAGAUGAAUUAAGUGAAAUGUCUGUACGUGUUGGUUUAGCUGAGAAAAAAUUAGAAACAAUUGGCAAAGCAAAUGAAGAGAAAAUUUCUCGUUUAGAACAACGUUUAGAACAAUCGGAAUCACAACAGAAACGUAAUGAAAAAGAAUAUGAACAAACGUUGGAUGCACUUCAAGCAGAUAUUGAAGCAUUAGAACAAGAAAAAGCUGAUCUUAAAGAAAAAUUGAAAACGUUAAGUAAAAAAGCUUUAUUCGAAGGAAUCAUUAAAUCACCAUUGAUACCAAGCACACCACAAUCGAAAACUCAACCUUCAACUGGUCCCACAACUGCAGCUCCUGCAUCUGGUGGGCAAGCGUCAAUCGAGUGUUCAUCUCCUUCACCUGGUCCAGCUCGUUUGGCUGCUUAUCGAGACGCAUCAUUUAUGGCAAUGGAGAUUGAAGCUCUUCGUGAAGCUGUUCGACACUUAACUUCUGAGGUGUCCCGACUCCGUGGCGAGAAAAUGCUUGAACAACUAAAAGGUUUAGGUUAUUUACCAAAAUCAUCACAUCGUCGUCAAAUAAAACCGGUCAAUGUCAAUGAUGACGAUGUUUCAGAUAAAGAGAAUAAACCUAUAUCUGUGUAUGAACAACAAUCAAAUCUUUCAAAAAUUGUACAUGAUGCCAAUAUACUGAAAACAGAAAUUUUCACUGUAUUUGCUAAUCCGCAAGUUGUUCAACUGCCCAAACUAUCCACAAAACAACCAAUCAGUGAAGCAUCAACUAUAACAGAUACUGGAAAUGAUAAACCAUUGUCUACUACUACUACUGUACAAUUGAAUAAAAUUAAUCAACCUAGUGCUACAUUACAAUUUAAUCGACAAUCGAUGAAAUUGAUAAGAUUGAAAAACGAAUUAGAAAAGCUACAACAACGUACACUUGAAGCAUUAAAAACCGAAUCACCCAAUACAUCAAUUCAAGCCGAUUUCGCAUCAUUUCCAUCAAUGAAAAUGAAACAAUUCUUAUUGAAUUUGAUAAAUCCCAGUGAUAUCUCCUCAUCAUCAUUACAUUAUCGUUUAUUAUUUCCUGGUAGUUGUAGUAGCAGAAGUAGUAGUAGUAGUAGUAGUAGUAGUGCAUCUACUGGUGACAAAAAACAAGGCGACAUUCAGAGCGACCAUUUGAAACCAACAAAAUUGUUUAUGACUAAAGAAGAUUUACAUCAAUUACAUGCACAUUUGUUAACAGUUUAA